AUGAGGCCAUGUGCCCAUCACGCCGUCCGAACCCGGUACUCAUACGUAUUGAUACCCACCAUUGUCGACAACAGUUCCGUCCUAAAGCACCUACCGAUACUUCGUGUGCUUAUCCACCAGCCCAGCAGCAUGGGGCAAGGAACACCGCAUCCGCAUCCGCGAAGCAAGGGACCCGACCAGACCCUCAAGCCCGUGCGGAACUGUGAUAGCGUGGACCAGGACCUGGACAUGGGCAGCUGUCCACACGGGGUAUUCACUUCGUUUCUGUAUCUACAAAAGAUGGUGUCGACGCCAGCCCUGUCACCUACACUUCUUUUCGAUGAAACCCCUUGGUACUGUCAACUGCAUCGCUGCAUCAUGGGCCGUCAUUGUGCGUUCGCCGUGAGGCACUCAAAAUACCCUCCACAUUGGUACAUUUGUGGGGGGAGCUGCCAGCUAGGUACCCGUAGGCCAUGUCUGGCCAAGGUUGGAGGGUACGUGCACUUUCUCGCUCAUGGUCCUCGGCGCCCGACUGCCAAGAUCCUUGGAACCGCCGGUGAUAUUCGAAUUGCCCUCACAUCUGGUCAUUCUUUCUGCCCCGACCCGUCAACGUUGUAUAAUUUGAGUUCUGGGGAUUCGAGUCUGUGCCGCGCCUUAGACUCCAGACAUCGUCAGCCCUCCUGCCGGUACUCAAAACAUCCCUCACCCGUUCCCGCCUCACACAUCCUGCAUGCGCCGAGGCGCAAGCCUGCUGGUGCCGUCAAAUGCAGAUAA